AUGUUAGCACAGGUCUUGACGGUGUUGCUAGUGGUACAAGCAACCCUAGCAAUAAACUCUCAAGCAUUAUAUGCCAUCACCAAGAACCUAAUCUAUUUGAGUUUGGACAAUGAGGAUUUGGUUGCAAUCAACUUCUCGAUUUCAGGUGAUUCGGAUACUGAUACUUCUCAAUCGCUUAGGUUAUUAGCGAGUCCUCCCUCCGGUUCAUCGUUGUUUCUUGUGAAAGAUGAGUUGUUUGGAAUGACAGGAGACAACGAAGGUGAUUUGAGUCUCUCAAAGUAUAAUGGAGAUGAGGACGAGUGGGACACAAUCAAGCUCAAUUCUACCCAAAUCACCGAUAAUCAGUUCUACAACUCCUCCAGCUAUCUAACAUCCUUUGAUUCAGACCAGAUAUAUAUCUACGGUGGAAUUAAUGCUGACGAUGAAGUUUCUGAUAGACUACUCUCUUUGGACUUCAAUACGUUUGUAUUAUCCAACAUUUCAACCACCACCAAACCAGAAUCUUUUUACGGAGCUUCCAACUUGAUAGCACCAGACUCAUCCACUCAGUUGUUGAUAGCAGGCAAAAGCAGCCAAGGCUGGCUAAACAUGUUCCAGUUGGCCACCUGGAAUUUCGAAAGUGGGUGGUCCUUCAAAACGGUUGCAAAAGGUGGGAACAGUAUCAACUCCAGACAACAACCUCUUGUUUUACCCAUUUUCAAUAAACUAGACAACAACUCGCUAAGUACUGUGGUAAAUUACUACCAUGUCAGCAAAGUGUUGGUGAUUGGAGGUGAACAAAAUGGUAAGUCCAGUAGUCCCGAAAUCGCCUAUUUGGACGUGAGUGAGAACGAUUGGACUUACAGUGUACCCACCAUAGACAAUUCUGUUUUCAAUGCUGAUGACUAUAUAGGUAUAGUCACUGUGUUUGAGAACAUCAUCACCAUUUCCAAAAGUAGCUCCAAAAGAGACGGCCAAUAUGAAGUUAACUACUUCGACUUGAAUUUUGAAAAAGCCCUGAAAAUCAAUGUUCCAAGUGAUCCGGCUAAGUCGAGCAAAGAGGAAAGUGCUUCAAUACAACAAAAAGCCAUUCUUGGAACCGUCAUUCCAAUUGGGGCAUUGAUAUGCAUUGUGGCCGGUGGCUACUUUUUCAUGAAGAAGCGGAAGGCCCAAAAACUUGAACGAGAAUUAAAGGACUUAAACUACCAUUUCGAGAAUAACUACAAGGUUGAAGGAACACACAAUGCCUUAUUCAAUGAUUCUCAUUCCACAUUGGAUGUAGAUUCAAUAGACUCAUGGGUCAGAAAGAGACAGGAGUUCGACAGAAACCAACAUAUGCAGAGCCAAGAAACCCUUACUAGAGAAAACAGUAUAGUGGACUAUUUCAAUAUUAAGGAAAGAGACGACGAAGAUGAAGAUGAAAACUCAUUUGUGCUGACGCCACAACCACUUAAGACCCUCAGCAAACUUAACAAACGAGUUGUUCGGCUCAAGAAGUCCAUCAGUUUCAACAGCCUUCCUUCUCCAGAAAGAAGAGCGAAUCUUCUCAAUGAUGAUGAAGCCCGAAUCGACAUCAUCACUCCAACUAAAACGAGGACCAGAAACUUAAGUCCGGUAAGAAGUCCCAUAAAAACCCGCUCUAGUAUCGACAGCGCCAAAGUGAAACCUGUUGAAGAACCUAAUGUGUUCGACGACUACGAGUUUGCUUCUGAAGAGAAGUCAAUCGAUGAUUUCGAUGUUGAUGUGCAGGUUCUCGUGAGCUCCAAAAGAAGAUCCACGUUAAAAGUGGUCAACCCUGACGUCUCUUCGUCACGUCUGGAUAGUAUCCGGUACCGGACCCCCUCUAAUGACUCUAUUAAUGAAGACUUGUGA